ACCAGGGAGGAAAAGAAGAGACAAGAAGAUGAGAUGAGCGACGAGGAGCUGGCUAAUUCCCUAGAGGGAUGGUUGGAGUGUCAAACUUGUGUGGUGGCUUCUCAUUGGGGCUGUCUAGGACCAAAUCAAAAGAAGGAAGUCCUGGACGACCUAAGAGGAGAAGAAGGUCCAGAAUCCAAGCGUCGUACAGUUGCAAUAGACGAAUCAGCUUCUUUUACAUGUGCAAGGUGUAAAAUCACGCAAGAAUGUUUCGUUUGUCACAAAGUUGAAGAUGAACCCGUCCUUUCUGGCAGCGCGAAAUCCGUUUCUGAAGGUGAUAAAGCUUCAUCUGAAAAUGUGAAAUCUCCAACUGAAACACACAAAUCUCCUACGACCCCAAAACCAGAUCAAGUAAACGGGGAAAUGGAAGUAGACAACGAGACUGGAGAUGUUACCAAUGAAGUGAAAGUGAAAUCACCACAACCAAUGGAGAUAGAUAUUCCUGAUAAGGAGAAGGACAAGGAAACAUUGUCAUCUAUAUUGUUCAGAUGUUUAAGAUGUAAACAAACAGCUCAUUAUUCUCAUCUUAGGAAUCCUUUUGUCGAAGGAGAAAAACAUCCUUUAGCUGAAAAGGCUUUUCAUUAUCAACAUUCAUCUAAUAAAAGGGUCAAAGAUCAAUGGUGGUGUCAUCAAUGUAGAGAAUGGAUUUGGGCUGUUGAUAUUAUCAUCGCUUGGCGUCCUUUACCUGCUGAUGCGAAGGAAGAUCCCAGAGAUCCAGGGGAAUUACCGAGGUAUAAAGAUUUGUUACCUAGGGAAUACCUGGUCAAAUGGACAGGGAGGGGUUUCAGGCAUGCAACAUGGGUCCCACACACUUGGUUACUCACUGCUGCUCCUCAGAAAUUACGUCAUUUCCUAGAAAAAGGUCCAUCUUUAGAUCUUAUUACAGACGAAACUUUGGCUGCUAAAGGAGAUGAAAUGGAACAACCUACCAUCGCGAGGGUUUUGGAUGAAGAUGAUAAAGUACAUGGGUCACAAGUUCAUUCACAUCAUCAACCUGGGAAUGAAUGGGUCGGACAUGGACCUCCUCCGGAUGUCAAUGGGUUUGAAAGUAUACCGAAUGAGUGGAAGACCGUCGACAGAGUUCUUGACGUUAUGCUCUUCCCACCAAAACACCGUCUGUCAAUCAAGAAAGGUCGUAGAUCUAGAGUCGUUUCUGAAUCAGCUUCUGAAACACCCGAACCUCGUUCAGCUUCCGCUCUUCCUAGUCCCGGAUUGAGAUCUCCGAGAAUUGACGGGAUUCAACCUCCUCCGGAAGAAAUGAUCCCUAUAGAAGAAUGGGAGGUGAAAGCGGGUAGGAAAUUAGGACCGGGGGAUGUGGAAGAUGUUGCGCCUUGGGUGACUUGGGCUUUUGUCAAAUGGGAUGAUUUGCAGUAUGAUCAAUGUGAGUUUGUGUCUCCUUCUCGAUCCUUAUCAUGCUGGGACACACCACCACCAGUUGAUUCACUCGCUUACGUCCCUUUUAAACGUGCACUUAAAAAUUUCCUCGCUGCGAGAUUAGUUGAAGUUCCCAUUCUCUCCACUGCGGAAUGUAAAGCUAGAGAGGUCAAAGCUGCUAGAUAUUCGGAACCUCCGGAUCGACAACCUGAUUGUGUGGUAGGAGGGACUUUGAUGCCUUUUCAAAUGGAAGGUUUCCAAUGGUUGCUUUACAAACAUUUCAAACGCGAGUCGUGUAUCCUUGCCGAUGAUAUGGGAUUGGGAAAAACAAUUCAGAUUGCCUCAUUACUCGGUUAUCUGGGGACAGCAGAACAUAAAGUGUAUCCGUGUUUGGUGGUGGUACCUAAUUCUACCAUCACCAACUGGGUGAGAGAGUUCGAAAAGUGGGUUCCGCAUAUGAGGGUGGUACCUUACUACGGCGAAGCGGCUUCUCGCAAGGUCAUCGCACAAUAUGAACUCUAUCAUAAAGGUCAACAAGGCAAAGCGGCCGGUUUGAAAGCACACGUCGUUUUGACGACUUAUGACCAAAUCACUACUGCUGGUUUCCGGGUCUUUAGCGGUAUACCACGAUGGGAAAUGUUGGUUGUUGAUGAAGGUCAAAGGUUGAAAUCCGACACCAACCUGAUUUUCAACAGAUUGAAAACUCUCAAUAGCGUUCAUAGAGUUUUGUUAACCGGUACUCCAUUGAAUAACAAUCUUCGAGAGUUGUUCAAUUUGUUAAACUUUUUAGACCCAUUAGAAUUCAAAGCAUUAGAAGAACUAGAAGCUAGGUUUGUGAACCUUAACGAAUCCCUCGUUCAAGAAUUACACGAAAUGAUAAGACCUUAUAUCCUUCGUCGUAUAAAAGCCGACGUAUUGAAACUCCCACCAAAAGUCGAGAUCAUAGUUCCUAUCUCCAUGAUGCAAUUACAGAAAAGCGUUUAUAAAGGUAUAUUGGAAAAGAACGCAGAGUUGAUAAGGAGUUUAUUAGCUGCUAAGAAGAAGAAA